AGUCCUGCCUCUGCUCCCUGCAGCGGGCUGUGUGAAAGGAGAGGGGAAGCUGCAGAGUUUUUCUUUUUUUUUUUCUCCCCCAUUUUCUUACUUUUUGUGUCGGUUUGUCUUGGAAAGACACGAGUCGGAGUUAACGGAGAAGAGCAGGUAUCCAGAGCAGAAAGCCUAAACAAGAAAAAAAUAAAAUAGAAGUUCCUCCUCGGGAUUACUUUUGCGUCGCUGCGGAUUAUCAUCUGGUAAAAAUGUCAGCAGACAUGGAUGUGAGGACAAACUCGAAGGUGGGCGGAUGCUUUGCUGAGAAACAUGACCGCCAACAAGAGUUCGAAGGCCGCGCCCCGUGCAGGCGGGGGUAAAGCUGCGCGCGACGCCCCUGACAGGUCUCAGUCCACUUCCCCGUGCCCGGUGGUCUCUGCCAGCCGGGUCCAGAGCCAGCAGCUCCUCCUCAGCGACGCCGAGAACUCUGGCAAGCAAAGCAAGUACGCCAGGACCGACGGCCGGUUCCUGCUACGCUCUGGAUGGAGCGGCAAGACAGCUAGCCUGUGCAGUGGUGCRUCUCUCACAGGUGACACCGACCCUCUCACCAAGUCCAAGAGCAUCAGCUGCCUGGACAACAGGCUCUCGAUCUACAAGCCCCCAGCUCAAACCAAGUCCUGUCAGGAGCAGAAGGAACAAAAGGAGAACCAAGGGGAUCUCCACGCAGGAGAAGGACUCAAUGGUCGGCCUUUGAGCUGGAGCACAGUCUCACUGGGACCUUCUUCUAACCAAGGCCACAAGCGCACCCUCUCACUUACUCACUCGGGAGUAGGCGUCCCCCCCACCACAAUCCGCAAAAAGAUCUCAGAAUGGGAGUGCAGGAGAGUGUCUCUGCCUAGGAUGAGUUUGUGUCUGGACAAAAGAGGAGGGGAUUGUGUGGGGGGUAGCGAGGGCUGCCCAAGUCUGCUGUCGUCUCCUUGCAGCGAGAAGACUUUUGAUUUCAAGAGUACGCGCAGGAUGAGCACGGCGUUCUCCGAAUGCUCCUUCACAGGGACGGACAAUGAGGAGGGCGUUCCAGAAAAAGACGGCCUCGGCCGCUUCCAGAAACGGAAAGUCAAGGCCGAGUCCUCGGGAGCAUUUGUGCGAACCCUGUCCGCUCGCAAGGAGACGUCAGCAGUCCUCAACAGGAUACAAAAGAUAGAGCAAGCGCUGAAGGAGAACCCCAGCCCCCCACCUCCCCGCUACCUGAGUAACUGCUAUGCUCCGGACAAGAUGAGACAGAAGUCGUUCGUGAUAGGCGACGACCUGGACAGCACGUGCGCCAGCAAGCGCAGCAGCAUUUGCUCGGUGGCCACCGAACCCGAUACCGUUUCAGCCUUGGAAAAGCUCUCCAAACUCAGAAAAAGGUUUAGCGUGAGUUCGACCAGGUCAGAGAGCCCAGAACCGCCGAGCCAACAGACCUCAGCGGGCACACAAAUCAACCCCUUACCCAAACCCAAACGCACUUUUGAGUACGACGCCAAAAGGGACCAAAAGGACGUUUUGCCAACCAAUGGACUACCUCCAGACAGAUCCUCCGAAUCUCCGCCGCCCCUGCCCUUGACCCCCGCGCCCAGUGCCACGCGGACGGCAAAGAGCGAGGGGAGCACCCCUGCGAGAAUCCACGACAGGGAGUCGUGCGAGUCAGAGGACGCUGCCAGCCUGCCGUCUUCGCAUCCGUCCUCUCCCACAGAGAACGGCGCACUGACCACAGACCCACACAGUCGACCCAAUUCAAAAAGCACUUUAGAGGAGAACGCCUAUGAGGACAUAUUAGAGAAAGAGAAUCCCUACGAGGAUGUUGACCUGAAGCGGAAGAGUUUCGGUCGGAAGUCUGGUCUGUCGGAGAGCAGCAGAUCGUGGACCACAAUGGACAGGAAGCUGAGCUCCCCACCUCAGCUGCCCUCCAAACCCAGCAGCCAGUCUCUUCGCCUCCCGGGUCCGAGCGACAGGAAGAGCCACCAGACGUCGAAGCGCUACAGCCACGACGAAAUGCUGCUCAUUCCCCAGAUUGGGGUCUCGACGUCACCCUGCAGCCUGCUGGAUGAGAAUCUCUGCAGCACCAGUGAUACACUGUCUUCACGCAGGCACUGGAGGAUCCCCAAGCUGGUCCAAAGGAUCAACUCCAUUUACUGCACUAAACGAGGGAAGAAGAGGCUAAAAAAGCUGUCCAUGUCCAAUGUUGAGACGGCGUCCCUCAGAGAUGACAACAGUGAGAGUGAGAGUGACUCUGAUGACCGGUUCAAAGCUCAUACCCAGAGGUUACUGAAACUGCAGUCCAUCCUCCGACGAGCCCCGAGCUACCGCACGCUGGAGCUGCAGCUCAUCGAGUGGCAGGAGAGAGAGCUCUUCGAGUACUUUGUGGUGGUCUCGCUGAAAAAGAAACCCAGCAAGAACUCCUACACCCCUGAGGUCACCUAUCAGUUCCCAAAGUCGUGUUGCCUCCUCUUGCAGUUGGAAAGGCCCACCAAGCAGAUGAGGGAGGCAGAGCAGAGGCUUAAAGCUAUUCCUCAGUUCUGUUUCCCAGAUGCAAAAGACUGGAGUCCUGUUUCUGAGCACACCAGCGAAACUUUCUCUUUCAUGCUGACCGGGGAGGACGGCAGCAGGAGGUUUGGGUACUGCAGACGCCUCCUGCCAACAGGGAAAGGACCUCGCCUUCCAGAGGUGUACUGUGUCAUCAGCAGGCUGGGCUGUUUCGACUUGUUCUCCACUAUCCUGGACGAGGUGGAACGACGGAGAGGCAUCUCAGCAGCGCUGGUUUAUCCCUUCAUGAGGAGCUUGAUGGAGUCUCCGUUUCCUGCUCCGGGGAAGAUUAUCAAAGUGAAAACCUUCCUGCCUGGUGCAGGAAAUGAGGUCAUCGAGCUGAGGCGGCCCACAGACUCCAGACUGGAGCACGUGGACUUUGACAGUUUGUUCAAAUGCCUGAGUGUACGACAAGUGAUACGUGUCUUUGCCUCGCUGCUACUGGAGCGCCGAGUCAUCUUUGUAGCUGACAAACUGAGCACCUUAUCCAGCUGCAUGCUCGCUGUGGUGGCGCUGCUCUACCCUUUCUCCUGGCAGCACACCUUCAUCCCCGUGCUGCCCGCCUCCAUGUUGGACAUCGUCUGCUGUCCCACCCCCUUCCUGGUGGGGCUGCUGUCCAGCUCGCUGCCUAAACUCAAAGAGCUGCCUGUGGAAGAGGCUUUAAUGGUCGACCUUGGAACUGACCGCUUCAUCCGACAGAUGGAUGACGAGGCCUCGUUGUUGCCACGGAAACUCCAAGCGGCUCUGGAGCAAGCGCUGGAGCAGAGGAACGACAUCGUCAACCAGGACUCUGACAGCGAGUCAGACGAAGAGUAUAAUUCCUUGAACAGCCUGGUGUCAGAGGCUUUCAUCCGCUUCUUCCUGGAGACCAUGGGACACUACUCGCUGUUCAUCACUCAGAACGAGCGUGGAGAGCGAUGUUUUCAGAGAGAGGCCUUUCGCAAGACGGUGGCAUCGAAGAGCGUCCGUCGUUUCCUGGGCGUCUUCAUGGAGUCCCAGAUGUUUGCCGGCUUCAUUCAAGAUCGGGAGCUGAGGAAAACCAGGGCUAAAGGUCUGUUUGAGCAGAGGGUGGAUCAAUAUCUGGAGGAGCUGCCGGACACGGAGCAGAGCGGAGUUAACAAGUUCCUGAAAGGCCUUGGAAACAAAAUGAAAUUUCUCCACAAAAAGAACUGAAGAGGAAAACUGAAGAUCCACAAGCCUCUGCUUGAAACUCAGACUUUUAUUUUAUUUUUGAAAUAAAAACUGUACAUAUUAUUUUACUGUAAGCUGUGACACUCUUUGCUUAUUGUGAGACGAUGGUGAGAGCAGGACGGUACACAGCGAGUGAGUCGUAGAGUAACCACUGACGUUCAGGUGUGCCUGUGAGGAUUGCUAUCAGAGUGUGUGAGUGACUGGAAUGUGAUGUGAUGUACAGGUAAUGAUGUUUUCAUACAGCAGCUUUUAUCCUCUGUUUAAGGAGUUGCAUUCAGAAACUGUAAAUGCAUCAAAAAUAAUGAAGAUAAAAUAUCUUAACUCUUCAGUCUUUUGUCAAUAAAUCCAUUUAAUUUUAAACGUC